AUGUGCCUGUUGCUGCCCGUGCCUGUGCUGCCCUGUGCUGCCCGUGCCUGUGCUGCCCGUGCCUGUGCUGCCCGUGCCUGUGCUGCCUGUGCCUGUUGCUGCCCGUGCCUGUGCUGCCCGUGCCUGUGCUGCCUGUGCCUGUUGCUGCCCGUGCCUGUGCUGCCCUGUGCUGCCCGUGCCUGUGCUGCCCGUGCCUGUGCUGCCUGUGCCUGUGCUGCCUGUGCCUGUUGCUGCCCGUGCCUGUGCUGCCCUUUGCUGCCUGUGCCUGUGCUGCCCGUGCCUGUGCUGCCCGUGCCUGUACUGCCCGUGCUUGUACUGUCUGUGCCUGUUGCUGCCUGUGCCUGUGCUGCCCGUGCCUGUGCUGCCCGUGCCUGUGCUGCCCGUGCCUGUGCUGCCCGUGCCUGUGCUGCCCGUGCUUGUGCUGCCUGUGCCUGUUGCUGCCCGUGCUUGUGCUGCCCUGUGCUGCCUGUGCCUGUUGCUGCCUGUGCCUGUGCUGCCCGUGCCUGUGCUGCCCGUGCCUGUGCUGCCCGUGCCUAUGCUGCCCGUGCCUGUGCUGCCCUGUGCCGCCCGUGCCUGUGCUGCUUGUGCCUGGUGCUGCUCGUGCCUCAUGCUCGCGCCCUCGUGCGCACUGUUUCUGCUCUCUCCCCCCCCCCCCCCCCCGUUUGCGGCGGCCCCAUCGCCGCCCCUCUAGGCCCCUCGCGGCCCCUUCGCGGCCCCGUCGCCGCCACUUGCGGCCCCGUCGCCGCCACUUGCGGCCCCCGGCUCCGUUGCCGCCUCCUUCGCGGCCACCUCGCCGCCCUUAGCGGCCCCAUCGCCGCCCUUAGUGGCCCCAUCGCCGCCUCUACCGGCCCCGUCGCCGCCUCUACCGGCCUCUUCACCGCUGAGCCGCCCAGUAGCUGA